CUUGCUGGUGCUUGGGCUUUUGCCCCACGCGUCUUAGUAACCCGCCAGCUGACUCGAACAGAGUAAAUACUGACAUUGGUUGGCUCGGGUGACGUCAUCGAAUCGUAUCGACCAAUACCACGGUCGGAUGUCGUUGGAUCAUCUCAACUUGGCACGAGUCCUGCUACAUGGUAGUUUGUAGUUUAUCGCGUGGUGCGCUCUGUUCAGUACCAAGAACUCUUUUCGAACUUUGGAAGUGUUCGUUUUUGAUCUCAUAUUUUAAAAACUUUUGAAUUUUCACUGAGGCGUCAACUUAGUAGCGGCGAAACGCGUUGUUUUUGGUGGUUGUGAUCAAAAUUUAGUUUUUUCUUUAUUUCCUAUACAAGUUAUGUGAUUGGAAAUUUUGUUCUACGGAAAACUGGGUUAUCCGCAUUAGCAACGUAGAGAAGAAGAAGUUUGAGUGCAUGAACAUAUUAAUUACCUGGCAUGUCACUGGUAUCGUUGGAUUAUUGAAAAACAACCGCUCCUAUCUGCACAGCUAUCCAAAUCGUCGAUAUCGGCGAUUAUUGUCCUGUAUAAUCAACGUUUUUAAUUCAGCGGUUCAAAAUUGCUGCCAUGGGUCGCAAAAAAAUACAAAUAUCAAGAAUUACCGACGAACGGAAUCGUCAGGUAACAUUCAACAAGCGCAAAUUUGGAGUAAUGAAGAAAGCAUACGAAUUGUCCGUGUUGUGUGAUUGUGAGAUAGCGCUAAUCAUCUUCAGUAGUAGCAACAAGCUGUACCAGUAUGCCAGUACGGACAUGGACAAGGUUCUACUUAAAUACACAGAGUACAACGAGCCCCAUGAGUCACUUACUAAUAAAAAUAUUAUCGAGGCACUUAAUAAGAAGGAGCAUAAGAACGGAGUUAUGAGUCCUGACAGCCCAGAACCUGAGACUGAAUAUCAACUGACACCACGGACAGAAGCCAAGUACAGUAAAAUAGACGAAGAUUUUCAGAUAAUGCUACAACGGAAUCAAAUGAACGGACAAAGGGGUAGUAUGAGUUCUUCAAGUUAUAAUACACAACCGGUAUCAGUACCUGUAAACAUAAACUACAGUGAUUCUGGUCUUCUCCAAUCUAGUCCACAGAUGGCUCAUACUAGUAUUAGCCCUCGUCCGUCUUCAUCCGAAACCGAUUCCGUUUACCCUAGUGGAGGAAUGUUAGAAAUGAGCAAUGGUUAUCCGAACUCUGCCUCUCCAAUGGAGGGAUCUCCAUCACCUGGACCCUCCCCCGGUCCGGGUCUUAGCACGUCCAAACAACAUCCAAAACAGCAUUCGCCAGGACCAAGAUCUAAUCUUCGAGUAGUUAUACCAACACCUUUGGGACCAAGUAUUACCACAGAUGAAGUUUCUUAUACAGAAAACCCUGGUUUAUCUAGUUAUCCGAGCGCCUUGACAUCUUUUGGAGCUCAAGAUUUUAGCAUGGGUUCAGAUAUUAGUCUGGCAUCGAUGUCUUGGAGCCAUCAGAUACCUACGUCUCUCACACAUAAUACUUCAUGCCUUCCCCACCUUGCAGUUUCUAGUAGUACUCCUCCGCCUACUUCGUCAUCCCCGCUUCCUGUGAAGAUUAAGAGUGAACCUAUAUCACCUCCCAGAGAGCAUCACCCGCAUCUGACUACAGCCGUCCACCAUUCACAUGUUCAAACGUUAAAUCUGACCCACAGUCAUCACCCUCGACCUAGUUCGGCUGGACAUAUAACACCUACACCUAGAAGUGUGACUCCUACCAAUCUGCCCUCCCCUACAGGAACUACGAGCAGUGGUACAGACUACAGCGAUUCAGUGCAGAUGCAUAAACGGCCCAGACUUACGGACUGGCCGUCGUAGAGCCAAUUGCUUUUAUCACAUAUUCUCAACUUCGUAGGACACUAAGUGCCAUAGUGAUACACUAUAUUGUGGAUAAUUUGACUAUAGUGUUACUGUUUCAAUUGCCAAUUAUCAUCAUUCAUGUGAUAAACUACGAGUCUUGUAGAGCAAUUCAUUAUUAAUAUUGCUGAACUGAGAAAACUUUAUAGUGAAAAGAAUUUUUGUAGAGAGAAUAUAAGGUUUUUACAAGGAUUCAGAGUGUGUGUGCGUGGUGAAUUUCAAACAUCUGUAAAGUACAUACUCUACUCUCGAGUCAACACAACACAUGUACCACUAUAUAAGUAGGUACGAUUUUUUUUAUUAAUUAUUCUUCAAUUUUUUUAGUCAUUUUCUGAGUCAUCGAAUCACUAGACUUGGAAAUCAAAUCUCAUAUUUGCGACCUUUUAUAAUCUGCUCAUUGUAUCAUAUUUAUUAAGAAUUCUUUCUCUUAUAAAACUUAUCACAAAUUUCUUAUUUUGUAGAUAUGUAACUUAUACAAUAUGCCCAUGCCUUACACAAAAGAAGCCUAGUGGGAAAAUCACCAACAAUAUUAAAAAUUCUUCUCACAGGAACACGCAAAUCAGUAGCUAUAAAAAUAGCUAGAUACAUAUUCAUAUAUAGUAGUGAAAGGGUAGCCUUUGCUGACAAGUUAUAAACAGAAACGUAGCAUGUUUGUUGGGGUAGCAGUACAAAAUAAGCAAUCACGCGUACUCGUUAAAAUGUUUAUUCCAAGUUUUCGAGUGUGUAUACACUCAUCGUCAGGGAAAAAUUACAUAAAUAAUAAAUUACAAUUAAUAUUAAAACAAUAUGUAUCUAGUACUUUUUGAGGUUAAGUCAUUGUGGGUGUCUUAUGGUAACAUUGGUUAAAAAGACAUAUGUCUAAAAUCAUUGUUUACACUUAAAAAUACUACAAAACAGUUUAUUGAUAGCUUUGUUCGCGGAGGUGGUCCCUGAUUAGUUUUCGACAGGUUUCGGACCAAUUAGGGACUAUCGUGCGCACUGACAUGGUUAGUUAUUAGUUUACAGGUUUCAAUUCUCCGCAAACCAUUUUGGGACAUUUCUUACUGUUUCUAACCUCAAAAUACACAAACAUUUCUAACCCUACCAAACAGUAUCUUAUGGUUUUGCGCAUGCGAAUCAGUGAUGAUGAGUGUAUACCAACAUACUCGAAAGCUUGGGAUAUAAUUUUCAAUGUUACAUACAUUACAUCAUUAAAAAAGAUUCUAAAACGCAUUUUGUUUGAAAAAUCGUAAAAUUUAAACGAAAUGAAAAAAUUCAAAUCUGGGAAUAUUAAAUUAGUGAAAACACUGAUUAAUUUUGCUUUGUAGCUGUUAUUGACAAAUGUGUUGUCAACCAUCGGCCAUUUUCCUACUAGACUCCUUCCACAGAUAUGUGGAGCAUCCUGUGUAUUACUGAUUAUCUAAACUCUUAUUAUUUUAUAUUUCGAAAAUAUAAAAUAUCUAAUGAGAAUUGGAUCACAAUUUUAAUUGAAAAUACGUUUAGAUUUCAAUUUCGGAAAUGUAAACGUCAAAUAUAACUUAUUUUCAAUUAAAAAUAUGGUUAAUUCGCAUUAAAUCCAGUAGAUAACAUAGAGAUGUCACAAGAAAUUAGUCUCAGAACAAUGUUGAAAAAUAUAGUUGAAAUUAACACGCUGGAGUCAGUUUUCAUACUAAGACAGUGUAAAUAAGCACGCUUAUAACUUUUAGGUACUAACUUUUUGCUAAAGUAGAUAUUUUAUCCAACUAAAGAAAGUCUUUCAGUUUUAAUUUUUUUUUAUUUUUCACUAAACUAUUGGCCAGUUUUUUUUUCGUUGUUAGAGUUAUAUUUGUUGUAAAGUAUUUUGAAUUUAUCAGUUUACAAAAUCGUGAUAAAUUAGAAAACUUACAUAUUUUCUGUAUAUUAAUUGAAAAGUAAAUUUAGUAGAAUUAAACUGUUUAGUUUAAAUGUCUAAAUUUCAAAAACAAAUGUACAUACCACAAAAAUUUCAAUUAGGUUUAAAUUUUAAAUUGGAAGAUGAAGGGAAAGAAUUCUUGUGUUUGUUGAUUCCUAAUCAUAUUUUAUUAACAGAACUCGUUUUGAUUGUUAGUAUUUUAUUAUUGUAUGUAAAACACAUACACAAUUGGAAUAUGUAUAUUAUAUAAAUAUAUUUUCACCAUUUUAACCAUACUCUAUAUAAGCAAGGCUACCUCUAGUGUUUAAAAUGCAGCUUGAUCAUUAAUGUAGGGUGCAGUAAUUAUUAAUAACGGUAUUUUGUAUAUGCUAUAUUUAAGGCAACUGAAUGAGUGCCUUGUGGAUUGAUUUAUUGUCGGAUGAACAGUAUUUUUCUUUGGGUGCUAUCUUCACUUCAAAGCAAUGCUACCUCCCAAGACUUUCAGCUCUAGAUGCAUACAUGGCUAUUGCCUUAAAGAUCGAGAUAAAUAAGUCAAUAACUGUCUAGAAUGCAUUUACCACCAAUAGGCCUUUUCAUCAUGUGAUGAGCGCAUGCGCAGCUGCCAUGUCUUUUUUACAGUUUUGAUCAACAAUAGAAAGGUUAGGCAUCAGUAGACUUCGUUGUUCCCACUCGUACAAAUCAUCAUUCAAUCUUCACUUGUCCGUAGCUGGACAUAGAUCUCACUCAUAAUUUUCCAACCGUUGUCGGUCAGUUUUGCCCUUUUACAUAUAUAUUUCAAAAGCACAGUGAACAGUUUCGGUGAUAUGGUCGCCCCCGUCGUACUCCACAUUGUAUCGGGACCACUCCUUCAGAUGUCAUAAUACUUACUUACUUUUAUUCCUCUUCACUCCAUGCGGAGCAUAGGGCGUCAACUGUCUGCCUCCAUUCUGUAAUAUCCUUUGCACUAAUCUUUAUUUCUGCCCAGGUUUUCCCAAUAACAUUAAUUUCUUUCUCGACACUUCUUUUCCACGUUUCUACGGGUCUACCUGGUCUUCUCUUGCCAUGGGGUGGUAUUCUAGGGCUUGCCUCGCUAUGUCUGUAUCAGGUCUCCUUAGUGUGUGCCCCGUCCAACUCCAUUUCCUUUUGCAUAUUGUCUUAGAUAUAGGUUCCUGGUUAGUUCUUGUCCAUAAUUCUUGGUUUGAUAUGCGGUUUGGCCAGUAAAUGUUAAGAAUCUUCCUUAGGCAUUUAUUUAUAAACACUUGCAUCUGUCCGAUACAUUUUCUUGACACUUUCCGAGUUUCUAGUCCGUAUAAUAACACAGUCUUCACGUUGCUGUUGAAUAAUCUUAUCUUGGUUUUACUUGUCAUCUGACGUGAAGACCACAUUUACCUUAGCAUAUUGAAUGCGUUUUGAGCUAUUCCUAUUCUCCGUUUUACGUCCUCCUCCGUCCUCCGUUGUUGUUCAAAAUACUGCCCAAGUAGUUAAAUUUCUCUACCGUUUCUAAUUCCGUGCCUCCCAGUGAUAUUCCCAUUUCUCUUGGUGUAUUUAUUUUGAUUAUCAAUAUGUCAUAAUAAUAAUCGAUUAAAAUAAUUUAUUUGCCAAUUGAAGCACUUUUUCUUUAUAAGCGUGUUUCUUUUUUUUCAAUAACUAGACUUUCGUAUUUUUUAUCUUCAUUAUAUGUUCAGAUGCACUUUGUGAUGAAAAGACCUAUUGACAAAAACAAUAUUUUGGAGGUUGUCUUUGUAAUUUUAUGUAGGUGUUGCAUUUUUCUAAAGUUUGUUGUUUUUUCGAAUUAUGUAUCUGCAAUGUUGGAAAUCUUGGGCAUAUCCAGGCAUGCAUUAUUUUCCAAAUUAAUACAUUUUUUCAUUAAUUUGUUAUGUCAAAAAAAAAUUAUAAUUUUUAUUGUGCUGACGGUUAUUAUCAGGUGUUAACAGACACUUGCUGACUUAAAAAAGUAAUAAAUAAGAAUAAAUAAACUUGACAAUGUAUUUUUCUACCGAAAUUGUUAUAAAGUGGUCAAGAUCAUAGCCAGUAAAAUAGUAUUUUUAUAGAAUAUCGACCAUAAAAUUGUCAGUUUCAUAUACUACUAAAAAAUAAAAAGAAAAUGUCUUAUUAAUGGCUCAUUUAGCUUGAAAUUAUUGUUGUAUAUAUGUUGCUAAUUCACUGCAAACCGUACAUACUAUACUUGUUUUACGCAAGUAUAUUCUUUUAAAUAUUUAAAGUCAUUUUAAUACAAUGUUUUUUUUACCACUAAAUGGUAGCCUUGUAAAAAUUAAAGCCAAUGUUUCUCAAUCUGAAGGAAACAUAUAUCUAUAUAUAGUGCCAUUAUUUUCAUGUAAUUAUUAGUGUCUUUUUUAUAAAUGUUUCUAGAAAAUAUCAUAUUUAAAAUGUACACUUGUUAUAUUAGUGAGGAUGCAGCCACUAACAACUACAGAGUCAGCUGAAACAGCCUAAAAAAUUUGAGAGAUAGAUACAUUUUUAAGAAUGCAACUGAAAAUGAUAUAGUUAAAGUACGCCACUCCUUCCACAUUUGCCUUAAUAUAUUGUAAUAUAGCUAAUCAUAUUGUCCCAAAAAAACUCAGAUGGGUCGUCAUAUACUUCCUUAAGUAAAAAGAGACAACUCCAGUCACUUAUAUUGCUACUCGUAAUAUGUAUCAGGUUGAGUUCUAUUUCUGGCAGGGAAUUGAAAUUGUGGAUGGUACAAUGGUUUAUAUUUAUUAUUGAGUGUAUCUCCUAUAUUUUUUUUACUUGGAGAAAAUUCUGUCUGCAGUAAUCAGUUUUUUCCAACAUUUUAGUUAGACCAAUAUUCAUAUUAUAAAGAACUAAAAAACUCGAAUCUUAACUAGAAGAUAUCGCUCUGAAUGGCUUGAUUGAGCUUGUAUUUACAGUUUACUUUAAUCUCUAUUGAGACUCACUCAAUGCAUACUUCGGUGUAUUAUUUCUACAUAUUAUGGCAUUACAUAUUAUUAUAUAUAGUAUGGCAACAUACUAGUCGGUGCGUUUUGUUUCAUUUCAAUCUUCUUACAAGUCUAUCUGAUGCUGGAUAGAUUAUGAAACUCGUGUACGAGAAUGGUAAAAGCCUUGAAUUGAAUCGAACCGUCUAUACAGGGUGUCCCCGAAAAUAGUUCCUUCCUUUAAGGUGUAGAUAUAAUACACAAUUUAGAACAAAAAAGUUUUAUAACAUUUUUUCCUAAAGUUAACCGUUUCCAAAAAAAUUGUUCUCCAUAUGAGUAAAUUUUUAUUUUCAUAAAUUUGUAUGACCUGGCAACAUGGCGUAGAAGAACCUGUGACUGUGAAAUUUAAUCUAAUGGAACCCCUUGUUUAUUUACUAUUUGAGUUGUGAUUUUUAGGGUUGUUGACAUCCCUAGAUGUAGGCAUCUACCUGCAAAAUAAUUAUUUCUUGCUUUAAUAAUGUGGCAUUUUUGCUAUUAAUAUCCGAAUUAAUUAAGGUUUUGGAUUAAGGCUCGAAAUUUUACAUAACUUAUAACUUUUACUUAAGUACAUAACUAUGGUUCAAUUUCUAAAAUGUAAUUAAUGCUCUUAGGAAAAAUGAUUUGUAUCUAAUGUUUUUCUGAAAUCUAUUGAAAUAUGGAAUAAUUUUAAACGAAUUGAUAAAAUGUCAAUAAUUUACAAUAAGAAACACUUUAUCUUUUAACUAAACUAGUAGGUAUUAUGUAUUUAUUGUAUUUCUUAAGCUUUAAAAGUGUUGAAUGCAAGGGUUUUAACUGAAUUACAUAGUUUACAGUGGAAAUUAAUUACAGACAACGUUUAACUAUUACCACAUUUGACGUCGUGUUUGCACGUCUUCAAGAAGUACCGGCAAAACAUUUUGCAAAAAAUUUAUAGGCCUCUCCAUUUAGUGUUCUGGGUAACUAAUAAAAUAUUGUACCCUUUACCCUUUCUGUAUCCUUUACAAAUUCCUCGUUGAUAAGAAAUACCUGUUCUUUUUGAAUAAAACUAAAUUACCCCAAAUAUCAAAUUUCAAUAACAUCAAGCAAUGGUUUCUUUCUUGCUUUGAUGGCAUUCUUGAUUUGUUUGAUAUGAGGGGACCAGGACGGGGUGAAAAAAUGUAAACACUAGCCAUUUGGUUGAUAUUUACAUUUUUACUUUACUACCUACCAGAUACAAAUGACCUACAAACCUACUAUUUUUAAAUGUGUCAACCUUUAGCUUUUGUGUUGCACGGUGUUGCCAGACUUCAAUUUGCAUAUCAAAAUGUAUUUUCGUUUUUUGUUCAAACGGCUGAAUUUAGAAAAAAAUGUUAUAAGACUUUUUUUGCUCUACAUUGUGCCUUCUAUCUAUACCUUUAAGGAACGCAUCAUUUUCUUGGACACCCUGUAUAUAUUAUUAAUCUCUCUAAUAUAACCUUGAUUCUUGAUUUAAAGACACAAAGGCAAGAUACAAACUUGUUUAUCAACAUAGCCGGAUCUUUUAAGGUGUCCCACUGACUUCAGUGCGCAUCUCUUACAAUUAUGUGCCAUUUUGUAGACAUUUUAUUUUUAGUCUUACAGUAUGCCGUAUGCCUCACCUGUCUAAUAUAUUUAAUGGGAAUUUACCAUAAUUUUAAUUGAAAAUACGUUUAUUUUCACGUCUCAACAUCAAAAAUCCUUCUCAAAAUACAUAACUUGAUUUAAUCCAAAUCUCUUUCCUGGAGCAUUCUUUUGAUGUCUGGAAACAGCCACUAGUAGGUGGUGGUCAGACCUGAAGAGUAAGGUACUCGUGGAAGCAAUUGAAAGUGCAAUUAUGUCUUCAUUUGUGCCAUUUUUGCAAUUUUUUCUUUCAAAAGUAUCAAAAAACAUUGUAUAAUCUUUGUGAAGGUUAAAGAUUGCCGAAAAGAGCUCUAGAUAAUGAAAUCCAGGGUGAAGGACCACAGGAAGGCCACGGAAUAGGUAGGGGGAAGUUUGGAGGUAUAGUUUGGAGGAAGCUUGAUUUGGGCUGUAGUGUCAUUGGGAGAAGGCAAUAUUCAUUUCAGACAACAUAUCUUCCUUGUAAGGUGUUACAGUGAUUUCAGCGUUUCUAAAACAAUUUUGUGUCUUUGUAUCGAACAAUUUAGUUGUGGCGUCAAAAUAUGCGUUAGUUUUUGCAAUAAUCUCAUGGCUUGAUGUCAUUCUCUUUCCUGGAUUAUUUAUUUGAGGUCUGGAAGCAGCUGGUAGCCAGAUCUGAACAAUCAUUUCAUUUAUUUUGUCUCCGUUACCUUUGAGAUGCUCCAUUGUCUUGGUGAAAGGCAGUUUUUCUUCUAAACGUAUCAAUGUUAUGGCACAGCAUGAUAAUUUUGAUUUUGUUUAGCUGUUUGAAGCACUCCUGCCUGCAGUCUCCUAUUGAACUAAGUUGCUUGAUUAUGCAGCUAGGAAAUACAUCUUCUUACUAAACACUCCCUUAAAUAACAACUACAGAAAACCAUAUCUCCCAUUAUUUCUCUUCAUCGGUCCAAAGUACUCUUAUUUCCUGAAAUGAAUGUCGACUCGAUUCAAAUUCUCUGUUUAACCCAGGUAUGACAAUACCAAAAGGCACCGUUAGGAAAAUAUUCCAAUUUACGGUUCAGGGAACCUGUAUAAAUCGAGUCUUUGUACUCUAAUACAGAGUAUGGCAUUAGUAAAAUAGAAAAUCUACGGUUUCGUUUUGAUUUAAAUUUGUCUCCUGCCCCCGAUAGUACUAUUUCUAGGUCUACCCGUUGUCAAGGAGGCUAUGCAGAAGACAAAUUCACACCAACACGUCCGUAGUUUCUCAGUAUAAAAUAAACUAUUUAUACCGCAGUAUGGUUAGAACGCCCUCUAACGGGGAAUAAGUGAAAUGAAUGUCGACUCGAUUCAAGUUCUCUGUUUAACCCAGGUAUGACAAUACCAAAAGGCACCGUUAGGAAAAUAUUCCAACUUAUUAUUCCAAUUCCUUUCUGUGGAAGACAGGCGAAAAAAUUCAUCAUAGAAUUUACACCAAAAUUUACGGCAAAACUAAUAGAAAAUACAGAAAAACCGUCAAAGCCAUAGUAGUUCUGCUACAGAGCACUGUAAGCUGAAUAGGCAAUUGAAGGUGAUGGGACCUAUGCAGAUUCUGUUACCUAGAAGAAGAUACAGACUUUGUGAUUAUACUUAACCAUUGUUUUUGACGAAGUCCGAUUUACUCGAGUUAGAAAUUUUGUUUUAUUAAAGAUUCCCUUUUCAACAGUUUUUGGACCUAAUUCUUUUAAAAUAGUGAUAUGCUUCAAAAGUAAAUCAGUUACCAAACUAUAUAAAAUGUUACUGUGAAAAUGUUGCAUCUAUCUGUUCAGUUUUUGCAGGCUGUUGUCUGAAACUGUAUUGUACUAUGCAGGACACUUUUCUUGUUAUAUACCACUGUAUUCGUUGUGUUGUAUUGGUGCUUUCCCCAUUCUAAUAGAGCAGUAGAAAUUGUACAUUUGUAAACAAAAACCAAAGAACCUUUAUAUUUGUUGUUAAAGAUGUUGAAUAUCGGUCUGCAAUUAUGCAACAAAGAUAUUGCAAUUUAGCUGUGGUUAGUACAAUAUUACCUUCCUAGUGACUUUAAUAAGCUUAAUUUUUUUGUUUUUUAAUUAAUACAUAUUACCAUUAAAAUAUAUUAGGAUAUGUAUAAUUUUGCUAAAUUUAUGUUAUUUAUAGAAAAACUAUAUCUAAAUCUCGGUUAUGUUAUUAUUUUUAUAGCCUUUUGAUUGAAGAAAUGAGGAAAUUGUUGUCUUGUAUAAAGAAUUUUAUUAUCACACAGUGUAUGCUAAAGGUCUUCGUGCAAAAUUAUUUGAAACUAAUUACUCCA